AUGGAGGAAGGAGACGCGGAAAGUUUCAGCUGUUUGCCUGUCUUGCUUCCUAAGUACUGGGACAAAGAUGGCGAUUCGAUGACGAUCCAAGAACAGGAUUCAGCUUAUCAUCCUCAAGCUGAUGGGCAGACUGAACGUGUGAAUGCUCAAGUAGACGAUUAUCUACGAUACUAUAUUGCAGUGGACCAAUGCGACUGGAUUGUUGUACCGAAACCAAUGUCCGAACUGUUGGUCCCGGCUAUUGAGACUUAUACAGAGCAGCUACGCCAAGAGAUGUCCAAUGUUCAUAAUGUAUUUCAUGCCAAUCUAUUGGCUCCUUAUGCUAUGGAUGUUGCAUGUCAAAGGGAGAUUCGUUCACCACCAGACGUUGUGGACGGUGAACCAGAAUACGAAGUUGAAACUAUCUUGGAUUCCCGGUUUCGGAGACAAGCUCAUGCAAAGGAAUACUUAGUUAAAUGGAAAGGCUUUAUUGACUCAGCCAAGGAAGUCUUUGAGACAAUGCCUGAAAGAAACGUAGUCUCAUGGAAUGCAAUGCUGACUGCAUUUUCCCAACAAGGGCAUCUUGAGGAUGCGCAGAUUCUUUUUGAAAAGAUGCCAGAACAUACUGCUGUGUCAUGGAAUGUGCUUAUCAACGCUUAUGCAGAGCGAGGAGUUUUAGAACGAGCUCAACUGGUGUUUGAAAACGUUCCCCAAAAGGAUGUUUAUUGCUGGACUAUUAUGAUCACUGCAAAUGCCAUCAAAGGAAAUCUGGAUAGCGCUUCUAAGCUCUUUCGAGAUAUGCCGCAACACAGCAUUGUGACAUGGACGGCCAUGGUACAGGCAUUUGGAGAGAACGGGAAUAUCCAAGAAUCUCUAAAUUAUUUCUCCAAAAUGCCCGAGAGAAACUCUUUUGCAUGGACGGCAUUGAUCAUAGCUCACAUCCACGGGCGGGAUUUGGAUGGCGCUACAAGGACAUUCCGGAAUAUGCCCGACCACAACAUUGUCUCGUGGACGGCGAUGAUCCACGCGCACGCGGAAUGCGGCAACAUCGACGGCGCCAAGGCCGUGUACGACACCAUGCCUGAGAGAAACGUGGUGUCGUGUACGGCCAUGCUGGUGGCAUACUCCCAGGCCGGACACGUGGACACGGCGCGUCGAGUGUUCGAUUCCAUGCCUUUCCACAACGUCGUGGCGUGGAAUGCCAUGGCGGCGGGAUAUGCCUGCCAGGGGGACCUUUGGACAGCCAGGAUGAUGAUGCGCAGCUGCCCGGAGAGGAAUGUGGUGUCGUGGACGGCUAUGAUGGCGUCGUACGCCCAGUACGGUCACUUCAACAUUUCGGAAUCUUUCUUCCAGCGCAUUCCGGGGCGGAAUCUUGUCACCUGGAACGCGUUGAUCGCCGCCGCCGCCCAAUCCGGCCACGCACGCCUUGCGAUCGAGCUCUUUCACGAGAUGAUCGUGGAAUCGGUCGAGCCGGACGAGAUCUCCUUCAUGAUCGCGCUCGCGGCGUGCGCCCACCUAGGGCUGCUGGAUCUCGGGCGCAGCUACUUCGCGUCGAUGCUGGUCGAUCACGGCGGCGGCCUGGCGGCUUGCAAGGAGCACUACACCUCGAUGGUGGAUCUCCUGGGACGCGCGGGCCAGAUCGAUGCGGCGGCGGAGCUGAUCGACACAAUGCCGUUCGUGCCCGGCGGAGUCUCCCUGGUCGCGAUCCUGGGCUCGUGCCAGACGCAGCGAGAUCUGCCGCGAGCGACACGGGCGGCCAGGAGAUUGCUGGAGAUUGAUCCGCGCAACUCCAGCUCCCACGUCCUCCUGUCGAGCUCCCUCAGGAAUUAG